AGCGCAGAGCAGUCAGAGCGACAGCAGCGCUUCCUCUUAUUCCCUCUAAACACACACAAACAACAGCGUCGCUUUCCUCACACACACUUUUACAUACAUCACUAAAGGAGUUUUGCAGAUAUCGAGGAGUCUUUAACAAGAAAACUGUGAAACUAAAAGACAGAAUGGAUGCUUCACAGCUGCUCUUUCUACUGCUGUUCUAUGGACAUCUGCCAAAAGUGCUGUCGGUGCAGAUGUGUGACGUGGUGAACGAGAUCGAGCUGGAGAGAGAGCGCUGUGAGAACAGCACCUUUGGGAACGUCACUUCAGGCUGCCAAGGCAUGUGGGAUAUCAUCGCCUGUUGGCCUUCAGCCAGAGUCGGAGAGGUGGUUACAAUAACCUGCCCCACUUACUUCAGUUACUUCAGCGACGAGCACAAAGGUAACCUCUCCAAAACCUGCACCGCAGACGGCUGGACUGAGAUGCAUCCCAUCGACAUCGCCAUGAACUGCGGAUACAACCUCAACAGCACCAGCGAUGAUGGGAAGUUUUUCUGGCAAGUGAAGAUCGGCUACACCAUUGGCCACAGUGUUUCCCUCAUAUCUCUUACCACAGCUAUUGUGAUCCUCUGCAUCUUCAGGAAGCUCCACUGCACAAGGAAUUACAUCCACAUGCAUCUGUUUGUGUCAUUCAUCCUGAAGGCCAUCGCUGUGUUCAUCAAGGAUGUCGUCCUCUACGACGUCGGGGAGGUGGACAACUGCUCAUCAGGCUCUGUUGGCUGCAAAGUCGUGAUUGUGUUCUUCCAGUAUUGUAUAAUGGCCAGUUUCUUCUGGCUGCUGGUGGAGGGCCUUUAUCUUCACGCACUUUUGGCUGUCUCUUUCUUCUCCGAGAGGAAGUACUUCUGGGCGUACAUUCUGAUCGGCUGGGGAGGUCCGACAAUUUUCAUCACAGCUUGGAGCAUCGCUAAAGCCUACUAUCAUGAUGUGGGGUGCUGGGAUAUAAUCGAGAACACUGAUGUGUUCUGGUGGAUCAUUAAAACGCCUAUUUUGGCAUCAAUCCUGAUGAACUUUAUUCUAUUCAUCUGCAUCAUACGAAUACUUCGCCAGAAAAUCAACUGCCCAGAUAUCGGAAGAUCUGAGUCCAACCAGUACUCGAGGCUGGCGAAAUCAACGCUGCUUUUGAUUCCUCUGUUUGGGAUCAAUUUUAUCGUGUUUGCAUUCAUCCCAGAGCAAGUGAAGACGGAGCUGCGGCUGGUUUUUGAUUUGAUUCUUGGGUCAUUUCAGGGCUUUGUGGUCGCAGUUCUUUACUGUUUCCUCAACGGAGAGGUCCAAGGAGAGAUCAAGAGGAAGUGGCGAAGGUGGCACCUGCAGAGAUACAUGGGCUCUGACACCAAAUACCAACAUCCGUCUAUCGGCAGCAGCAACAACUUCAGCACCCAGAUCACCAUGUUGACACGAUGCAGCCCGAAAACACGGCGGGCUUCAUCCUCGUGUCACGACGACCUAUCUAGCAUAUGACUCACACCGACACUGAUGCAGACAUACAUGCUGUACAAAAAAAUGCUCUCAUGCCAAAUCAUUAGGCAGAAAAAGAAAUACGCACUCCCUCAUUAGCACAUGCACUCUGGGAGGAUGUGUUGCUCGAGUGUGACGAGGUGACAAAGUGACGAGAAGAAAAACAGUGCGACAGCUUUCUAAGCAGCUUUUUAAUCUCCACGCUUCUUAAAGAUAAAGAUACAUUGCUUCACAAGCACAGCUUUUUGCACAUUUGAAUGAGAACCAUUCACUUUUUUUUUGUAUUUCAGUGCACAUGUACAGGUGAAUUUGUGAGUCAUAUCAUUAUGGAUCAUUUGAUCAAUCGUUAUUAAGUUCCCCGUGUGCUGAGACGCCGGGCAAAGCAAAAUGUCACAGAUUAUCGGGGUUAGGUGAAGGAAUCCGAUGUGAACUGCACCAGCAGCCCCGCAAUCUGAUGCAAUUAUGCGCUGAUUAAACAUGACUAAGUGGAUUCCUGCAGCUCCAAAUGAACCAGGCUGGUGCGAAGACACAGCCUAUUAUAGGAAAAGGAGCUUUUUUUAACAGGAAAUCACAUUAUUUAUAUCAUUAGUGUGUGCAGCGAUAUCACAGGCAAAGAAAAGUAUCAGAAAUGCAUUUUUAGGCGACCAAAAAGAACAAAACCGUGCACAACAUUUUUGUUUUCCUCACUGUGUAGGAAGACGAAAAAAAAAAGAAAAAGUGGCUGAUAACCAGCGUUUUUCCAUAAAUGCCAAACGGAUGAGGUAUUCAGACUGGGCGACCAGUGUGAUGCUGAUUCACAAUGAUGGGUUUGGAGUACAAAUGCCCUUCUCUGCACUAUCACUCUCACGAGAGUCUGAUUGCCCUUUGCCUUCCCUUUUAUCAGUGCAGCUCUCCCUCUUGUUUUGUGUGAUUCUGAGCCUAUGAUAGGGUGUUUUUUUGAGGCACUUGGACAGUUUUGUGCCGAUCACUGACGAGUGCCUGGUUUCAGUGUUUCAAAGUGACAUUUUCAAUCAAAUCCUCACUGGCUGUCGGCUGCUCUGGAGAGGAAAUGCCUUUAAGCAAUUCAGUCCUUGAAUGUUUACAUUUACUUGGGAGGAGUCAUUUAACAUUGUAGAGACAAAAUAUACAGUGUAAAGAAAAUUAAUUACUAUGUAUUGUUGUACCAUAUAUCAGUAAUGUAACUGUAAUCGUUGUUUGAUCAUGUUAUUCUAACAUGUGGGAUUUAAAGCCUCACCAGGAACCAAAAAGUCUCUUGUUUAUGUCGCAGUCUGUGGCUCAACGCUCAGCAUAUAACAGCUAAAUAAAGGGCACUGCGCUACACUUAAAAAACAGUCUACAGACUUGUACAGAGAAGCUAUCUUGGUGAUCCUCCAAUGACUUGUCAGGUUUAAACUUCUCCAGUGGAGGAGUUUAAACCUGACAAGUCAGUAGAGACUAUAUUGGAGCCGGUAUGUAAAGCAAAGCAAGGUGACAAGGAUGACUGGUGCUGUCACAACCAUGCCGUUAUUGUGCUUUUCAGACUACAAGGUUAGACUUGAAAGUCACUUGCAUGUUCAUGCAAGAGGGAACAUACAGAAGAUCCAGCUUUACCUGGAGAAAAAAAAAAACAUCUCAACCCGCCACUGAUUUAAAGAGUCAGACCGCCACAGAGCACCGUGAGAAAUUAAAGAACACAUGCUCAUUUUUGGAAAUAUUCUCUUUCUGGUGAAUAGAUGAGAAGAUUGAUACCACUUUUAUACGGAGUAGGGUAUCAAUCUUCUCAUUUAAUUCUCGGCAAGAAAGCAAAUAAUGUCAAACUAUUCCCUCAAAGACUCAUUAUCCCACACUGUUCAGUGCCUGUCUUCUGUUGUCUGUAAUAUAUAAUGUAAUUGUGUGAAUUUGCCAAUGUACCUCUCAUAAUGGUGAAUGUAAAUACAUGUGUACAUAUCAAAAAAACAAUACCAAGUAUACAAUGUUUUCAAACUCAGUCACAGGUGUUGCUAUAUAGAUAUUAUCUCUUAGUGUUUCGGUGGCCUGGCAUAGUUGUUUUGUAUCAGUGAGAUAAUAUUAAAAAGUGAUAUUGAAUCAACCAUUCUAAUGUGCGCUUACAGUAAGUAAUCCGUAUUGAAGCAUGUGUAAUACAGAUUUUCAAACUGGAUAUUGUGUCGUGUAUAUUUAACAUUUGAUAGUUGCUUUGUUAGUGCAACGCGUGUAACACUGGUGCAAUGCAUACCAUGGUGAACUACAAAUGUACUGUAAGUAUUUAUUAGCUUAAGUUGACAUUUGUGUACACAUAAGGCCACUUCUUAGUUUUAGAUUUUUGUAUAUUAUCAUUCAUUUUGUACAGUGUAUGUAAAUACUGUUUGGCAGGAAAUUUAACUUGCCAUAAAAUUGACAUUGUGCCACUCAAA